UCCCGUCUCGUCUUCCGGCACCAGCAGCAAUUGCCUGUAGUCUGAAACAGAGACAUCCUCAGUGAGAGAGAGAGGGAGAGAGAGAGCUCAUGACUUGAUAGAACGAGUGUGAUCUGGCAAAAUGAUGGUGGAUCUGAACUCCUUCUCCGAUGAGAAGUUCGACCCAAAGAAAUGGAUCAACGCGGCCUGCCAGGCUCGCCACCCCCAAGACUCUGUCGACAAGCACCUCGUCGAUCUGGAGAUGAAGCUUCAGAUGGUCUCCGAGGAGAUUGCCGCAUCCCUCGAGGAUCAGAGCGCUGCUGCCAUCCUCCGCGUCCCUCGCGCCUCCCGCGACGUCAUCCGCAUCCGCGAUGACUCCCUCUCCCUUCGCUCCGCGGUCUCCUCCAUCCUCCUCAAGCUAAAGAAGGCGGAGGGGUCAUCAGCAGAAUCAAUAGCUGCUCUUGCUAAAGUUGAUACAGUCAAGCAGAGAAUGGAAGCUGCAUAUGAAACAUUACAGGAUGCGGCAGGGUUAACUCAAUUAAGUUCGACUGUGGAAGAUGUCUUUGCUAGUGGUGAUCUUCCUCGAGCUGCAGAAACUUUAGCUAAUAUGAGGCAUUGCUUGUCUGCUGUCGGGGAGGUUGCUGAAUUUGCUAAUGUUAGGAAGCAGCUUGAAGUCUUAGAAGAUAGGCUAGAUGCAAUGGUUCAGCCCCGUCUUAUGGACGCUUUAUCCAAUCGCAAGGUUGAUGUUGCCCAAGAUUUGCGGGGAAUCCUUAUACGGAUUGGGAGAUUCAAGUCUCUAGAGAUGCACUACACAAAAGUUCACCUAAAGCCCUUGAAGCAGCUCUGGGAAGAUUUUGACUUGAGACUUCGAAACGCUAAGCUUGCAAGUGAGAAGAAUGAUGUGGAAAGGCGAACAAGUAGCUAUGAAUUUCAAUCAACCUUGAGUACAAUUUCAUUCUUCAGUUGGUUACCGACUUUCUAUGAUGAGUUGCUACUCUAUCUUGAGCAAGAAUGGAAGUGGUGUAUGAUUGCUUUUCCCGAUGAUUAUAAAAUUCUUGUCCCAAAGCUUCUUGUUGAGAUGAUGGCAACAGUGAGUGCAAGCUUUGUUUCCCGUGUCAACCUUGCUACUGGUGAUGUUGUUCCUGAAACAAAAGCUUUGGCUAAAGGUAUUUUAGAUAUCCUAUCAGGAGAAAUGCCAAAAGGUAACAAAAUUCAGGCUAAGCAUCUUGAGGCACUGAUUGAAUUACACAGCAUGACGGGUACUUUUGUGAGGAACAUACAACACUUGUUUUCAGAAUCUGAUCUUCAGAUUCUUCUGGAUACAAUGAAGGCAGUUUACAUUCCUUAUGAAUUAUUUAAACAGAGGUAUGGACAGAUGGAGCGUGCCAUCCUCUCUUCUGAGAUUGCAGGGAUUGAUCUUAGGGGAGCUGUUGCACGUGGUGUGGGAGCCCAGGGAAUUGAACUCAGUGAAACAGUUCGAAGGAUGGAGGAGUCAAUUCCCCAGGUUAUCUUACUUCUCGAGGCAGCAGUGGAGAGGUGCAUCAGCUUAACUGGGGGCUCUGAGGCGGAUGAGUUAAUUCUGGCACUUGAUGACAUCAUGUUGCAGUACAUUUCCACACUGCAAGAAACCCUGAAAUCAUUAAGAGUUGUAUGUGGAGUAGAUAGUGUAGGUGAUGCUUCGAAGAAGGAAUUGGGAUUGGACAAAAAGGAAGGAGCUCACAAUGCGCGCAAAGUUGACAUGGUCUCAAAUGAGGAGGAGUGGUCCAUUGUUCAAGGUGCAUUGCAGAUCCUCACAGUUGCAGAUUGUUUAACUAGCAGAUCUUCUGUUUUUGAAGCUUCCUUGAGAGCUACUCUUGCUAGAUUGAGCACAAGCUUAUCUUUUUCAGUAUUUGGUUCUAGUGUGGAUCAAAACCGGUCACAUGUUGCAAGUGAUGGUGGAAAUGGGGACUACUCUUUGGCUGGAAGGGCUGCCUUGGAUGUGGCAGCUGUACGGCUUGUCGACAUUCCUGAGAAGGCUCGGAAGCUGUUUAACCUUUUGGACCAGUCUAAAGAUCCCCGAUUCCAUGCACUUCCACUUGCAUCCCAGAGAGUUGCAGCAUUUGCAGACACAGUGAAUGAACUUGUAUAUGAUGUCCUCAUAUCAAAAGUACGGCAACGCCUCAGUGACGUGGCCCGUUUGCCGAUUUGGUCUUCUGUGGAGGAGCCGAGUGCUUUCCCUCUCCCUAGCUUCAGUGCCUACCCUCAGCCAUAUGUGACGAGUGUUGGUGAAUAUCUUCUUACUUUACCGCAGCAGUUGGAGCCACUUGCGGAGGGCAUCUCAAACAGUGAUGCAAACACUGAUGCUAGUACUGACGAAGCCCAGUUCUUUGCAACUGAAUGGAUGUUCAAGGUUGCAGAAGGUGCAACUGCUCUGUACAUGGAUCAGCUGCGGGGGAUUCAGUAUAUAACCGAUAGAGGAGCACAGCAGCUGGCUGUUGACAUUGAGUAUCUGAGUAAUGUGCUUUCAGCUCUAUCAGUGCCAAUCCCUCCAAUUCUCUCCACCUUCCACGCAUGCCUUUCAACUCCAAGAGAUCAGCUAAAGAGCCUCGUGAAAUCAGAUUCAGGAAGCCAGCUUGAUAUUUCGACUGCCAAUCUUGUGUGUAGAAUCAGGCGUGUCAACUUAGAACAGUGAUUCGUCUUUGAAGGAAAUUUUGAUGUUGAGGGUAUGGUUUAUGUUGCCCACCAUAUCAUUCUUGUUGCCCAUUGUAUCAUCUUUCUUUUCUUUUCUUUUCUUUUUUGAUUAAAAGAAAAAAGGUGAAAUUGUUCAUUCUUACCAUAUCAUCCAUAUAGCUACUAUCAAAGUUCAAAAAUUAUAUAGGAGAGUUGCCCUUCAUGUUAUCUUUGUGUAUUUUUUAAAUGCAAAACAUAUAGUAAAUGAAUCUCAUUCAUGCC